AUGUCCUCAAAUGAAGAGAUCUCGGUCGCGAAAUCGUCUCGUCACCCUGCCGAAGAUGGUCUGCGUCACCGCAGUAUCGUAAGCAUUGAAGAUGCGUAUACCGGCCGUAGAAGGACUAUCAACCUCGAAGAUCUGAACGAUGCCGAUCGAGAACUCGCCGAGAAAUUCGGUUACAAGCCAGUUUUCAGGCGCGAAUUCGGAUACCUUUCUACGUUUUCGUUUGCCGUGUCCAUCUCUGGCCUCUUUGCUACGGUCACGACAACCUUCUCUGCGCCCCUUUACGGAGGUGGUGCAGCUUCCGCUGUCUGGUGCUGGCUGAUCUCGGGAGCCGGCUGCAUGUGCAUUGCGCUCAGUGUUGCCGAAUUGGUCUCUGCUUAUCCUACCUGUGGUGGUCUAUACUACACGAUCUCGCGACUGGCCCCGAAGGCCUGGGUGCCAUCCAUCAGUUGGAUUGAUGGCUGGAUCAAUCUGCUCGGACAAAUCGCUGGAGUGGCUUCAAGUGAGUACGGCUCAGCCCAGAUCUUGCUCGCUGCUGUUAGCAUGGGCUCGAACUUCACAUAUACGCCUACGACAAACCAUACGGUUGGCGUCAUGGCCGCCCUCACCGUUUUCUGUGGCGCCGUCAAUUCAUUAUCGACAUACUGGAUGGAGAAGAUGACAAAGUUCUACGUCAUCUUCCAUGUCUGUGUGCUGGUCAGCUGUUGUAUCGCACUUCUCGUCCGCACCAAGGACAAGCAUGAUGCAAGUUACGUCUUUACCCAUGUGGAGGCAAACUCUGGCUGGACGCCAACGGGUUUCUCGUUCUUGCUCGGUUUCCUCUCCGUGUCGUGGACUAUGACUGAUUACGAUGCCACGGCCCACAUCACUGAGGAGAUCAAUGAACCUGAGAUCAAAGCACCAUGGGCCAUUUCAAUGGCUAUGCUCUUCACCUACCUUGCUGGUUUUCUUUUCAACAUUGUCCUCGCGUACUGCAUGGGCGAUCCUGCGAACAUAGAGAGCAGCCCCAUCGAGCAGCCGGUCGCGCAAAUCUACUACAACUCGCUUGGCAAGUCAGGUGGCAUUGCUUUCACAGUAUUCGCCUUUAUAAUUCUGCAGUUUGUGUGCUUUACUGCGACCCAGGCUCUUGCGCGAACGUUCUUCGCCUUCUCACGCGAUAGGCUCAUCCCAGGAAGCAACAUUUGGACCAAGGUCAAUCGUGUCUCCGGCACGCCCCUCUACGCCGUCUGGAUCUCCGUGUUCUGGUGCAUCGCCAUCAACCUGAUAGCACUGGGCUCCUACACCGCUGCUCUCGGAGUCUUCAACGUAUGUGCCAUUGCGCUGGACUGGUCUUACUGCAUCCCCAUCGCCUGCAAGGUUAUCUUUGGCAAAUUCGAGCCUGGACCAUGGCAUCUUGGCAAGUUCAGUACGGCGAUCAACAUCUGGGCUUGCGUCUGGACCGCAUUCGUCAGUGUCAUUUUUGUCUUCCCCGAAACCGUGCCAGUCACGCCGCAGAACAUGAACUGGGCUAUCGUCUACUUGGCUGGCAUUCUUGCCGCGGCCUACAUCUAUUGGCUUAUCUCAGGAAGGAAGUUCUAUACUGGUCCCCUAAUCGAAGCGGAAGUUACCGGUCUGGAACCGGCUCAAGAGGACAUGGACGAGCGUCAUCGAGCCAGAGCAUACGACGAGACCCACGAGUUGCCCGAUGAGAAGGAGUUCUUCGCUCUUGAGCGUGGGAGAGACCCGAGAGACAUGAGGCAAUGA